AUCCUCAUGAGUGGUCUGUGGUCUUCAUAGCCGCUUGAUGACAGUUUACUUUGCGGCAGUUUGCGGUUAUCAAUUUCUAGUUCCGUUCGAAAAGUUGAGUAUUUGUAAUAUCCAACAUCAUUUUGGAUAAUUGAUUAAAAAUGUUCCGAAAUCAGUACGACAGCGAUGUGACAGUAUGGAGUCCACAAGGCAGAUUGCAUCAGGUAGAAUAUGCCAUGGAAGCGGUCAAGCAAGGUUCGGCGACAGUAGGGCUCAAAAACAAAACUCAUGCCGUCCUGAUUGCCUUGAAGAGAGCUUCUUCUGAACUAUCUGCGUACCAGGAAAAAAUUAUUCCUAUUGAUAGUCACAUGGGUAUCACUCUUGCCGGCCUCACAGCCGACGCUAGAAUGUUAAGUCGGUACAUGCGAACCGAAUGUCUCAACUACAAGUAUUCGCACGACUCUGUCCUUCCUGUAAGUCGCUUGAUCUCAGCCUUAGGCAAUAAGAUGCAAACCUGUACACAAAGGUAUGACAGACGUCCGUAUGGAGUAGGACUACUUGUUGCUGGAUAUGAUGACCAAGGACCACAUAUCUUCCAAACGUGUCCAUCUGCCAACUACUAUAACUGUAAAGCAAUGGCCCUUGGAUCACGCUCUCAGAGUGCUCGCACAUAUUUGGAGAAACACCUCUCUGAAUUUCUGUCUUGUGAUCUGGACGAGAUCGUCAAACAUGGACUUCGGGCUCUGCGCGACACGUUACCCAAUGAAGUUGAUCUCACCAUCAAGAAUGUGUCCAUCGGCAUUGUUGGAAAAGAGAUCCCAUUCAAAAUUCUUGAUCAAGCUGCGACAGCGGUCUACUUAUCUGCAAUUGAGGGAGAUGAAAAACGAUUGAGAGGCCCUGGUGGUGUGCCGGAUCAAGAUGGCCAACCCCCUCAACCACCUCCAUCCGAUGAGGGACCACAAGACCCCCGACCAGCCGUAGCCAUGGACACGGAGUGAAUUAUGUUGCAGUGUCAAAGUUUUCUUGUAACACUUUUCAUUGAAGACACUGUCAAUAAUAUGAUAAUAAAAUUAUACUUUCUACUACAAGCUAUGAUUACACAGCUACAAAUAACUCGUUCUUGCUCUUACCCGAUAUUACGGGGUUUUAGACAUUUCGGGCAAUAGCGAUACCGUCUUUGAACAUACUUUGUAAUAAUGGUAUGAUGAGGAAAUAAAAUAAGGCGUUACCAAAA